CAAAACGGCGGCGGCUUUAGCAACGAUUCGCUGGCGGUGGUGAGGUGAAAAUGUCAAACUCAACAAGCGAGUGUGGCAGUGAUAUCGGCGGUAGCUUGAUAUCUCAACUACAGGCUCUCCAAAAUAGAGUCCAGGAAUUGGAGUCUGAGAACGCAAAGCUAUCAUCUCGACUCUCCAAAUGUUUUUGCCAUAAGGGUAUGGAAAGUCGGAGAAAAAACACUGGAGGCGAUAAGACGAGAAAAAAGAAAACAACAGAAAGAAAUCCAGGUUAUAAUUUGACAAUUAUGAGUCACCAUCCCAAGAGAUAUGUUGCUCUAAAAGUCAUGUAUUUUGGUCAAAGGUUUUAUGGUUUUGCUUCAGAAGCACAAAUGGAUCCCACUGUUGAGUCUGAAAUUUUCAAAGCUCUCGAGAAAACAAGGCUUUUAGUUGGUGACAGGAAGGAAUCACAGUACUCAAGAUGUGGCAGAACAGAUAAGGGGGUAUCCUCUGUUGGCCAAGUGAUUUCAUUGUUUUUAAGGUCAAACCUCAAAGAAAUUGAUGCAAACAACAAAAUUUCAGGAGAAUUAAUUCCGGAGAUGCAAAUUGAAGGAGAAAUUGAUUAUGUGAGAGUACUGAACCGAGUUCUUCCAAGCGAUAUUCGAAUUUUAGGAUGGAGUCCUGUUUCAAUUGAUUUCAGUGCAAGGUUUAGUUGUUUGUCUAGAGAAUAUAAAUACUUCUUUUGGAGAGGAAAUUUGAAUCUCCCAGCUAUGGAGAAUGCUGGAAAGAAAUUUAUUGGAGAACACGACUUCAGAAACUUUUGUAAGAUGGAUGCAGCCAAUGUACACAACUACAGGCGACGCAUUACACAGUUUGAAAUUUCUUCGUCUAAUAUGAGGUUUGAAGGCGAUCAGCUUUGUGCUAUUAAAGUUAAAGGUAGUGCCUUCCUAUGGCAUCAGGUGCGGUGCAUGGUUGCUGUGCUAUUUAUGAUUGGCCAAGGUCUCGAAUCAGUUGAAGUGAUAGAUGUAUUAUUGGACAUUGAGAAGACACCAAGAAAACCUCAGUACGCCAUGGCUCCAGAGAUACCAUUGGUCCUUCAAUCCUGUGAAUUCGAAGAUGUCAAGUUUAUUUGCUCCUCAGAUUCUGGGCAAGCACUGCGUAUACACUUGGAAAAUGAGGGUCGAGCAUACCAGCUUCAAUCAGCAAUUUUUCAGGAAGCCGCUCUGAGUUGCUUGCCUUUAGCAAAUGGUGCAGAAACCAAGUUCUACCAUAUCAUUUCUAUCAAGAGCUUGCUGAAUGAUGGAACAAUCAAGGUCGCUUCCCACAUUCCUCUCUUGUCACGGCCAACUGAGCCAUCGUACGAAGAACGACGUGCCAAACUGGAUUCAAAAAGAUGAAAGUGUAAAAUCAUGCGGAGUUCUCAGGUAUCCUUCACAGUUCACCUCAAAGUUUACUAUCUGUACUAAUGGAAUGAGUGGAAACUUUCCGUUGUUUGAGUACAUUUUUACUUAUGCCUCAAACGGUUGACAUUGGAUAUCAUUAUACUGCUACUUACAUUUGGUA